AUACUCUCAAAUACAUCAUACUCUUUAUCCUCUAUAAAGCGCCCCCAUUUUAAUCAAAUUCUCAUUCUUGAAGUAGGCACUAUCUAUUAUUACUAUUAUCAUCUUUAUAUAAAAGUUAUGUUCAACUAUUAAAAUCUUCAAAAGUUUCUGUCUUUUGCCUUUUUCAGAACCUUUUUCUUUUUCUUUUUUCUGAUUGUUUCAAGAUUAUUCACCUCUUAUUCAAAAUUGUGUUAAAGCAAUAACUAUGUACCCUUUUGCUUAAUUUGGAUUCUUGAAAUGUUUUUAGUUUGAAGGAAUAAGUUUUGUUAACACCCUUUUGCAGAUUCUUGAUUCUUGAAAAGUUUGUCUUUUUCCUUGUUUUGAGAUUCUAAAGCUGUUUUAGUAGGCUUGUUAGGUAGAGUGGUUGUAGAUCUUAAAAGGGGUUUAAGCAAAUUAGUUGUUAUUUGGAAUCUUGAUCUUGAAAUGGAACCAGUAAGAUUCUUAUUGGGUAAACAAUCGUCGCUUGCACCAGAAAAGGUGGUUGAACCAGUGGAAAUAGAGAGUGAAGAUGGGGAAGAAGGGGAUGUUAUAGAUAUUGAUCCAAGGAUAAGGUUGAUGUAUUCGGCUAAUGAGGCUGAUAUAGAGGGGAUCAAGGAGCUUUUGGAAUCAGGGACUGAUGUAAACUUUCGAGACGAUGAUGAGAGGACUGCCCUACAUGUUGCUGCUUGUCAAGGUUAUAGUGAUGUUGUGCAGCUGUUGCUUGAUAAUGGGGCUCAUAUUGAUCCCAAAGAUCGCUGGGGAAGCACGCCUCUUGGAGAUGCAAUACAUUAUAAAAAUCAUCAUGUGAUCAAGCUACUGGAGGAACACGGUGCCAAGCCUCCUAUGGCUCCCAUGCAUGUCAAUAACAAACGUGAAGUUCCAGAAUAUGAGAUUGGUGCUAAAGAACUUGAUUUCACCAACAGCGUUGAAUUGACCAAGGGAACCUUUCAUAUUGCCUCAUGGCGUGGAAUACAAGUUGCUGUGAAAAAGUUUGGAGAUGAUGUGAUUGCUGAUGAGGAUAAAGUGAGGGCGUUCAGGGACGAGCUUGCACUGCUUCAGAAGAUAAGACAUCCAAAUGUCGUCCAAUUUCUUGGUGCUGUCACACAAAGUAGCCCGAUGAUGAUAGUGACAGAAUACUUACCAAAAGGUGACCUCCAUGCUUAUUUGAACAGUGAAGGACCUCUUAGACCAACAAAAGCUAUCAGAUUUGCAAUGGACAUCGCAAGGGGAUUGAACUAUCUACAUGAAAUUAGACCUGAAGCGAUUAUUCAUCGUGACCUUGAGCCUUCAAAUAUUUUGCGGGAUGAUACUGGACAUCUGAAAGUUGCUGAUUUUGGAGUCAGCAAGCUGUUGAAAGUUACCAACAGGGUCAAAGAAGAUAAGCCUCUGACAUGCGAUGACACAUCUUGCCGGUAUGUAGCUCCAGAGGUUUUCAAAAAUGAGGAAUACGAUACCAAAGUUGAUGUCUUCUCCUUUGCUUUAAUUUUGCAAGAGAUGAUUGAAGGCUGCCCCCCUUUCCGAGCAAAGAAAGAAAAUGAAGUACCUAAAUUCUAUGCUGCUAAGGAGCGCCCCCCUUUUAAAGCUCCAGGAAAGUUUUAUGCCCAUGGACUGAGGGAGCUGAUUGAAGAGUGUUGGAAUGAGAAGCCGGCCCUGCGUCCAACUUUCAAGCAAAUUAUCCCAAGGCUUGAGUCCAUUUAUAACAAAUUUGGCCACAAAAGGCGUUGGAAGGUGAGACCAUUGAAAUGUUUUCAAAAUUUCGAGGCCAUGUGGAAGAAAGACAACCCAAGUUUAAGUAGGAACGACUCAUCUCGGUCAGACAGAAGCAUCUAGCAAAUUGUGGAUAUUCCCAUCGUUCAUGUGCAUAUGUUUCCUUCUCAGAUUUCUGCCGCAGAUUUCAGUAGUAGGAAGUUGUAUCACUUUUUCUAGUAUUAGAUCAAUCUCUCCCUUUCAUUGAGGAUGUGCAAAACCAAUGGUCAUCCUUUUUUCGCUUUGCCUCUUGCUAUUGAGAUCUAUAUUGUUUUGUAGAUUAUAUUAGAUCAAAUGUUCAUGGUGCAAA